CAUGCAGUUCCUGACUGCAGAGAUCCAGAGUUUCUCUCGGACGCGGCUGAGGAAGCAGUGCACCCGCGUGACGUCACUGAGCGGCCGACGCAUCAUCGAGACCUGGAAGGGUUCUACCAUCACUGUGGUGGAAGACCCUGUCCCCCCGGAGAAGAUCCUGGGAUACGUCCCCGACACUUCCUGGGACCUGCAGGUCGGCAUCGUCAAGCCCUACCUGCUGCUGGGUUCUCAAGAUGCUGCACAUGACUUUGGCACUCUGAAAAAACACAAGGUGUCUCACAUCCUGAACGUGGCCUUCGGGGUGGAGAACGCGUUCCCUGACCUGUUCAUCUAUAAGACCGUCAGUAUUCUGGAUCAUCCCGACGCGGACCUGCUGCUUCACAUCCAGGACUGCUGUGACUUCAUCCAGCAGGCUCGCAACGAG